AGAAUGGACCUGUCCCCGUCACAAAGAACCCACCCCAGGCCUUGCCCUGCACUCAGCUCCUCGUCUUUGUGGCCACACCGGACUGUGAUGAGUUUCCCAACCUGAACUCCAAGGAGAGCUACAAGCUCUCUGUCUCAGAAGGCUCCUUGCUGCUCUCUGCGGAUGCCGUCUGGGGAGCUCUCAGAGGCCUGGAAACGUUCAGCCAGCUCAUUGGGAGAGACCAGAACGGCACGUACUACAUCAACGAGACAGAAAUCGAGGACUUUCCCCGCUUCCCUCACCGGGGACUGUUGCUGGACACCUCUCGUCACUACCUGCCCCUCAGAGCCAUCCUGGAGACUCUGGAUGUCAUGGCUUACAACAAGUUCAACGUGUUUCACUGGCACAUUGUGGACGACCCAUCCUUCCCCUACGAGAGCUCAACCUUCCCAGAGCUCAGCAAGCAGGGAGCCUUCAAUGCCAUGAGCCACGUGUACACAGCUGGUGACGUGCAGGCGGUGAUCGAGUGCGCACGGCUGCGCGGCAUCAGAGUCAUCGUGGAGUUUGACACACCGGGGCACACCCUGUCCUGGGGUCCAGGUGCUCCAGGCCUCCUGACUCCCUGCUAUUCAGGCAAGCAUCCUUCUGGGACCUAUGGGCCCAUCAACCCAAUCCUGAACACAACCUACCAGUUUGUGGCCAGUUUGUUUCAAGAAGUCAGCUCUGUGUUCCCAGACUUCUUUCUUCACCUCGGUGGUGAUGAGGUGGACUUCACGUGCUGGAAAUCCAAUCCGGAAAUCCGUGCCUUCAUGAAGCAGAUGGGCUUUGGUGAAGAUUACAGAAAACUAGAGUCAUUCUACAUGCAGAGGCUCUUGGACAUUGUCUCUUCCCUUGGCAAAGGUUCUAUCCUGUGGCAGGAGGUGUUUGACAACGGAGUGAAGCUGAGGCCAGACUCCAUCAUCCAUGUGUGGAAGACCUCCAAGCCGUACAUGGAGGAGAUGGCAGAUGUCACCAAGGCUGGCUACCAAGCUCUGCUCUCUGCCCCCUGGUACCUCAACCGCAUCUCCUAUGGGCAGGACUGGAUGGCAGCCUACCAGGUGGAGCCCUUGAAGUUCAAAGGCAGUGCUAAGCAGAAGGCUCUGGUGAUCGGUGGAGAGGCCUGCAUGUGGGGCGAAUACGUGGAUGUUACUAACCUGACCCCCAGGCUCUGGCCAAGAGCUGGGGCUGUAGCCGAGAGACUGUGGAGCAACGCGAGCGUGAGGAACCUCCAGGAGGCCUACGUGCUUGUGAUGCCCUCUCUCUGCUCUCUUCCCAGGCGUGGGAUCCAGGCGGAGCCGCUCUAUGUUGGAUACUGUGAAAACGAAUUUGGUGGUUUUUGA